CUGAGCGGCAGCACUGCACCUUACAGAGUAUUUGCGAACGGCUCUUCAACCUCAGACCCGAUAUCUUUCCUUUUCUCCCUUUUUCCACUCUACCCAAAUUCCUUCUCAUCUGUACAUGCAACUGAUACCACCCUCAACACACACGCGGGGAUAAGCUCUUACAAGUCAACCUGCUCCGAUUGUUCCUCCGCGGUGCAACUACUUUCCUUUCCCUGCGACUUCGCUGUCUCCGGCUCCUCCGAAAGCCCUCGCUAGAAAAGUGUCCGUUGAGAGGAUAAAAAAGCCAUCUCGGACCUCCAAAGGGAUUGCUUUAAACACCGACUUGACCUUCUGAUGAUGACCCGGCAGUAAGGUGGACCCCCCCACUGCGAAGCUGUCCCUCGACCUGUGUGACCCGAGCAGCCCCCCAGCGCCCCGCCUCUAUCUCUCAGCCCCUCCUCCUCCUCCCCCGGACCCCGCCUUCUCUCCGCUCCAGCGAGCCAGCCUCAGAGCCCAGAUGGACUUGCACCGGGCCGCCUUCAAGAUGGAGAGCUCCUCCUACCUGCCCAACCCACUGGCCUCGCCGGCGCUAAUGGUGUUGGCCUCCACGGCCGAGGCCAGCCGCGACGCCUCCAUCCCCUGCCAGCCGCCCCGCCCCUUCGGCGUCCCGGCCUCCGUGGAGAAAGACGUGCACCUCCCCUUCACCAACGGCUCCUACACCUUCGCCUCCAUGUACCACCGGCAGGGCGCCGUGCCCGGCGGCUUCCCCAACCGGGACUUCCCACCCUCGCUCCUCCACCUGCACCACCAGUUCGCCCCGCCCAGCCUGGACUGCUCUCCAAUCAGCAUGCUGAACCACAGCGGUGUGGGCGCCUUCCGGCCCUUCGCCUCCCCCCCGGAGGAGCGUGACGGAGGCGGGGGGUACCAGUCGGCCUUCACUCCCGCCAAGCGGCUGAAGGGCUGCCUGGAGGCAGAGGCCUCGCCCCACCUGCGCUACUCGGACGCCGAGGGGAAGGAGUACGACUACGGGGGUGCGCAGAUCCCGUCCAGCUCCCCGGGGGCGCUCAAGGCUGUGGAGGACGCCGGGAAAAAGAUCUUCGCUGUGUCCGGCCUGCUGUCCGACCGAGAGCCCUCGUCCAGCCCGGAGGACCGCAUCGAGCGCUGUAAGAAGAAGGCAUCCCUCUACGACAGCCAGGCCCCUGUGUGUCCCAUCUGCCAGGUGGUGCUUCGGCCCAGCGAGCUGCAGGACCACAUGGAGCAGGAGCUGGAGCGCCUGACCCACAUGCACCUCAGUAAAAAUCCAGCGCAUAAGGACCUAAGUGUAGUACCAGGAACACCCAAGUCGCUCUUGUUGUCCGUGCACAUCAAGCGAGAGGGGGGCUCCCCCACCGUCUCCCCCCUCUCCUCGGACGACCUCCACCACUCCGACAGAUACCAGACAUUUUUACGAGUGCGAGCAAACAGGCAAACACGAUUGAAUGCCCGGAUCGGGAAGAUGAAGCGCCGGAAGCCAGAGGAUGGGCAGCGGGAGGGCGCGUGUGGCGUGGACGAUGACUCGGCGGACGUGGAUGGAGAGAACGGGGCACCCUUCGAGGAGUACGAGUGGUGCGGCCAGAAGAGGGUGCGGGCCACCUCCCUGCUGGAGGGCGGGUUCAGAGGAACCGGAUUCGCCACCUGCAGCACCAAGGAGAACCACGACAGCGACGCUGACCUGGACGUGGAUGGAGACGACACCCUGGAGUACGGGAAAGCGCAGUACACAGAGGCUGACAUCAUCCCGUGCUCCGGAGAGGACCAGGGCGAGGCCAAAGAGAGGGAGGCGCUGAGGGGGGCCGUCUUAAAUGGCGGGACGCCCUCCAAUAGGAUAACGCCCGAGUUCUCCAAAUGGGCCAGUGACGAGAUGCCCUCUACGAGUAAUGGGGAGAGCAGCAUGCAGGACGGCAGCUCCUCCUCCUCCUCCUCCACACAGAGGACCUGUAAAAACAGCGACAUCGAGAAGAUCACGGAAGACUCGACCGCAACCACGUUUGAAGCGCUAAAGGCUCGCAUUCGGGAGCUGGAGAAGCAGAUUUUGCGAGGGGACCGGUAUAAGUGUCUCAUCUGCAUGGAGUCCUACACCAUGCCUCUCGCCUCCAUCCAGUGCUGGCACGUACACUGUGAGGAAUGCUGGCUGCGGACCCUGGGGAACAAGAAGCUUUGCCCACAGUGCAACACCAUCACGUCGCCGGGGGACCUGAGACGCGUGUACUUGUGAGAGUGACGGCGGCAGGCUGGCCCCGAGGCGCUCUCCCAUCCUCUCCACCUUCUUUAUAUUGCUGUUUGC